AUGACUGAUGGAAAAAAGAACUAUACUCCUCUCGACGUAAAUCCUAUACUCAGUCAAGACGAAGAAACAUGUCUACUAGAUCCUCGUCCUUAUCGUGCUCUUGUGGGAAGUCUAAUUUACCUGACUAUAACAAGGCCUGACAUUGCUUAUGAAGUUGGAGUGGUAAGUAGAUACAUGCAGGUGCCAACGAAACCACACCUCGAAGAAGCGAAGAAAAUUUUGAAGUAUAUUAAUACCUCACUAGAUAUUGGUCUACUAUAUGAGAAAGAUGCGAAAUUUGUCUUGCAAGGAUAUGCAGAUGCUGACUUUGCUGGAGAUCUAGACGAUCGAAGGUCCACAUCUGGGCUUGUUUUUCUUUGUGGAAACACUAGCAUAUCUUGGAGUAGUAGGAAACAAGGAUCAAUAUCCUUGUCUACAAAAGAAGCAGAAUAUAAAGCAUCAACUCACGCAGCACAUGAGUGCAUAUGA